UGUCAUUCCAAAAGAAAAUGGUGAAUGAAGAACCCAACCCCCAAUCCAACCCAUUUAUGUCUUGAAUGUAGAAACUUGAUUUGGACAAGCUCAAGAGCAUUCCAUCAGUAUCUUGAGCUCCAAAUGGAGAACACCUGGAUCCUGAGUUUUCACCUUCUCCUCCUCCUGCUCCAUCCAAAUGCAGCAAAAGGGGCCAUCAGUGUUGGUGUUGGUGUUGGUGUGGGUGUUGGUGUUGGUGUUGGCAUUGGCAUUGGCAACAGCCCAGGCCCCUCUGGCUCCACUGGAUCAAACCUGAAGAAUGCCUUCACAGCACUCCAGGCAUGGAAAUCUGCCAUCACUGAUGACCCAUUGAAGAUUUUGGAUACUUGGGUUGGUUCCAAUGUGUGUUCCUACAAAGGUGUCUUCUGUGCAAACUCUGAGGAUGAUAAUGGAAUCGUGACAACAGCAGCAACUGAGUCUUCUGUUGUUGCAGGAAUAGAUCUCAACCAUGCAAACCUCCAAGGGACUCUUGUCAAAGAGCUCUCUUUGCUCUCUGACAUCACACUUUUCCACCUCAACAGCAACAGGUUUUCUGGCUCACUUCCUGACACAUUCAGGGACCUCACUUCACUCGAAGAGUUGGACCUCAGCAACAACCAACUCUCAGGCCCUUUCCCCAUGGCCACUCUAUCCAUGCCAAACCUCAUCUACUUGGACCUCAGAUUCAACAACUUCUCUGGCCAACUUCCUGAUCAACUCUUCAACAAGAAACUUGAUGCUAUAUUCCUCAACAACAACAACUUUGGAGGUGAAAUUCCAGACAAUUUGGGAAACUCACCUGCCUCAGUGAUCAACUUGGCCAACAACAAGUUGAGCGGAAGCAUCCCUUUCAGCUUUGGCUUCAUGGGUUCAAGACUAAAGGAGAUUCUCUUCCUUAACAACCAGUUAACAGGUUGCAUUCCCCAGGGAGUAGGGAUCUUCACUGAGAUGCAAGUUUUUGAUGUCAGUUUCAACUCACUCAUGGGCCAUUUGCCUGACACAAUGAGUUGCUUGCAAGACAUAGAGGUUCUUAAUUUGGCACAUAACAAGCUUUCUGGGGAAUUAUCCGAAGUGGUAUGCUCCUUGAGAAGCCUAUUAAAUCUAACCGUUGCUUACAAUUUCUUCUCUGGGCUGAGCCAGGAAUGUUCAAGGCUAUUCAGUGUGGGGUUUGAUUUCUCGGAUAACUGUAUUCCUGGAAGGGAUAUGCAAAGACCACAACCAGAGUGCUCUAUAAUCCCUGGUGGUAGUCUAAAUUGUCUUAGAAUUCCUACUCCAAAGCCUCUUGUUUGCGCUGCAACUUUGUCUAAGCACACAAAUUCACGUUCCUCUUCUCCCUGAUGGAUUGGCGGCUACUACAGGUUCGUUGGUCGUGGAUUCGGUAUACAAGAUGUGCCUUGAUUUGAUGGUGUUAACAAACAAGAUAAUUUAUAUGUCACGUGGCAUGCUUGCUUGAUUUCAUUGCCACAAUCGGUGUACAACUACCACGGCUUUUUAAUUUAGAUUGUGUAUUCAGUAUUCUGCUUCGUUCCCCUCAUAAAUACUAUGGCAACUCCCUACUUCAUUGCUUGU